AUGGAAGCAGCCAAGUCCUUACUUCCUGUUGGCUGUGUUUUCGAUCCAACGGACUCGGAAUUGGUGGGCUACUUUCUGUACAACAAGAUUGUGAACCAACUCAUUCCUAAUCUUGACUAUUUCAUUCCUGAAUAUAAUCUCUAUGGUUCUGAAGAACCCUGGGAGAUUUGGGAUUUCUUUAAACAACAAUUUGCAGAGGAAUGUCGCAAAGACCUAUUUUUUUUCACACAAUUAAAGAAAAGGACUUUGAAAGAAUCAAAAAUAAAUCGUACCAUUGGAGAAGGGACGUGGCAUGGUGAAGAUGCUGGUUUAGAAAUAAUUCAUGAAAAUCAUAGGAUUGGGAAGAAAAAGCGAUUUCGUUACGAGAACAAACAAUCGAAACAGCAUGGUGGAUGGAUAAUGCAUGAGUAUAGUCUUGAUUUAUCUUUGCUGGGUCUGGAUCAACAUGAUAAUUUCGUUGUUUGCCGUAUAAGAAAAAAUGAACUGGCUCUGCAGAAGAAUCAGAGGGAAAAGAGUGAACAAGUUAAGAGACGUAAGGUUGUUGAAGCUGAUCCUGAAAAGAAGAACAAGCGGACUAAAGUUCAAAAAGUGGAUCCUGAAUCUCUGCCACUUUCAAUACUUCCCAUUACAACAUGCUCUGACAGUUCCACCAUUGUGCAACAAUCAGCAGAGCUUGAAAAUGACGAAUAUGGUUCUAUUAUCAGCCAGUUUGGGUAUGAAUUAGAACACGGUGACUCUCAACAGUUCUUCGACAUUGAUGAUAUCUUUAGAAGUUGA